UCGCUCAUACGAACGCACUUUUGCCCCGAAUAUGAUACGAUCUCCGUGACGGAUGGUUUCAGAGAUAAGUCGAACGCGCCCCUAUCGACUUGGACAAGAAAUGGCUUUUCCUUUUUUGUAUGAGGAAACUGCAUAUACAAAAUAGCCCCUCCUACAUUUUGACGACAUUGAUCAACUUCUAUAUCGCAAAGUGCAUAAACUACUUGGACGCUUUUAAAGGAUGUGAAAAAAAGGAUUUUAUCUUCAAGAUUUGAAAAGCGUUUUCAACGGAAACUGGCAAUGUUGCACCGGGAUAUUGGCUAUAAAAGAAAUAAUUUGUCAGAAUCAAUCUAUUUUCGGCGGACAGAUGACUGAAGGGAUGUUAUGAUUUCCCCUGUGUAUGUUGAAAUGGAUCUAGUUUUUGAAAGAAUCUGAUGAAACAAAUCAAAUAGAUAUCGGAUAUUAUUUUCAAAAUUUAAUUUUUGAGCAAAAGAUUUACGUGCAUGUCAAGUUGAUUCGGAUCAAAAACGAUUGACGGAUUCAGCACACAGGAAAUUCAAACAGUGUGUCGAAAUGACAACUUAGAGAAGUUCAUUACAAAACUACUACGGCAAAAACAAAUUAAAAUAGAUUUUUAUCAGUUAUGUAUGUAUACAUAUAUAUGUAUAUUAUUUCACAGUAACACGACAGCGUAUCUUUGUUUGUCAGAUGUUGUUUGUUUUACGCCGGAGGUUGUUCGUUAUCUAGACCUUUAUUCUAUGACUAUAGCCGAGUGCUGAAGUGUUUUCCUGUCCUCAGAUGUGAAAGACACCCUGGAAGUAUCUGCCAGAAUCAUUGUGUCCUGAAAAGUCGGUAUUUUACUGUUGUAAAUAACCCAGGACUUUACAGAAACUUACAGCCGGAAUUAACAUUGCCGGGGAACACGUAAGGAAGAUAACCAUUGUUUUAUUCAAUUGAACUGAGUAUCCCCUAUGGAUUUGGUCUGGAUAAUUCUAAACGGGGCUUGUUUAAAGUAUUCCUGGUAGUGUCUGUCCGGAAUAAUUCUAGCUGACUCUAUCCGGAGUAUCACUGAUAGUCGCUGUCCGGAAUAUUUCUAGCUGACUAUAUCCGGAGUAUCAUUGUUAUAUUCUGUCCGGAAUAUUUCUAAUUGAUUUUGUACGGAAUAUUUCUAAUAAUUGACAAUGUCCGGAAUAGUUCUGAAAGACUCUGUCCGGAGUAAAUCUAGUUCAAUCUGUUGGGAAUAUCUCUGAUCGACACUUGUUCUCCAGACAUUCCCAAUUUGAUGAAAAGAAAAGCUACCUUACUAGAAGAAGGCUUGGUGUCUAUAGAUUUCACCUGACCUUUGUAGAUGUCUACAAGCUCGAGUACGAUUUGUCCUAUCCGUAGCUGACCUUGCCGGAACUAUAGGCAGUUAUAGUACAGUGUCGCCAUAGAAGAAUUGACCUUAUUUGGAAAGGUCUGGAUUGUUUCUCGUCCAUUCUGCUGUUGCGAUGGUUACUUACAUAACGGCUUUGAUUUAUUAGGCGGGUCGCUGUGCAAGCUUGACUCCAAGACCAGCUGUGAAAUUUAGCUGUCUCGACAACGUCAGUAACUCCGAAUCUACUACGGUUCUAGAAUGGCGAUGAGAGGUAGAGUCACGUGCUGGAUGUUUCUAAUCCUCCGCCUGGUGGAACUGUAUGCUACUUCCUGUCCGGAAGUUGCGCAUUGUAUAUGUACGCUUGCUGAAGGGAAUCAAAACGAUACAUUGAUGGUGUCUAAACUCGACUGUAGUGACAAACGACUAACAAACAUACCAAAUUUUGAAGAAUUUAAAAACGCAUUGAUUAUGAAAUUAAUACUCUCUAAUAAUUCAUUCCAUACUGUGAGUCUAAAUAAAUCCACGUUUCGCGGAUUACGGAUUGAAGAGCUAGAUUUGAGUCACAACAGGUUUGCAGCGAUCCGAGACGAUGUGUUUAGACCUAUUCGUUCAACACUCCGCGUCCUUUUAAUGGACGAUAUCAACCUUAGGUUCAACAAUAUCAAUUUCCUGAAGAGGUUGCUGAAAUUGGAGCGUCUUUCUAUGAGGCAUAAUGUUCAGGAAACUGCUGUAAGACUCACUGGUGGGAGAUUCCCGACCUCAAAUUUACUUCAACUUGAUUUAAGUCACAACAAGUUUUCAAGAAUUACUGAUAAUGCUUUUACACAUUUACGUGGUACAUUGCAAGUCCUUUACUUGGAAAAUGUUGGACUGGAUUUUAAAAACUUAAACUUUGUAAUGAACAUGACAAAACUACAGAGUUUGUAUUUAGGCGGUAACGGUAAAUAUCCAUUGCAUCUAGAUGGUGAACCGUUCUACGGUUUAAAUUUAAGAUCUUUAAAAUACCUAGGCUUAAAUAAAUGUGAAAUGGCAUUAGCGAAGGAAAAUAUAUUUGAGGGCCUUGAAAAUUUGACGCAUUUGGAUCUGUCUGGUAACAUGCUACACGUUAUUCCAUCCGCCAUUUUGAAAUUGACAAGUUUGGUUAGUAUAGAUCUUUCAUAUAACACUAAACUUGAUCAUAUUCAAGAUAGAGCAUUUGUGAUGCUUUCUCAUCUCAGAGAAAUUAAUCUCCGUGGGACAGAUCUAAGAAUAAUUGCAGCUAAAGCAUUUGCUGGACUCGAAGAGACGCUUGAAAUUCUUCUCAUUUCAAAUGCUCGACUGCCAGGAGGCUAUUUUUGGAUUAUGGCAUUACGGCCCCUUAGGACAUUGAAAACUUUAGAUUUUUCAUACAACAAAAUAAGUCACAUAUCCAACGACACGUUUGGAUCACUACAAUCUUUACAGGAGUUGGAUAUGAGUGGAAAUCCUUUAAUCGACUUCACUGACAACAUGUUCGAGGGGAUUGAACUGACCCUGAAAAAGCUCAUUCUCCGAGACAUGCGUCUUACGCGUCUUCCAAUAGACGCUUUGACGACGCUUAGACACCUGGACGUCCUAGACGUAUCAGACAAUAUGUUUCCCACACUUUCGGAUCAUUUCCUCUCUGGGGUAAAAGCUAAGAAACUUGUAAUGAAGAACUCACACAUACGGUCGAUUUCGCCUGGAGCAUUUUACGGGCUUAAGGGCCCCCUGUCAAUCAUAAUGGAUGGUAAUAACAUUUCUGAUUUAUCGUUCCUGCAUGACCUCAGCCCACAUCUGGUCAGCAGCCUGUCCGUUUUGGACAACCCGCUCAAGUGUGAUUGUGUCGUUUUAGGAAUUGUGCACUUCAAAAUUGCUGGAGUGAUUCAUGGAACUUGCGCAGACGAGGAUACUCAAAAGAGAAAUCUGCAACAACUUUCGGAGGAUGGCAUUUUCCUAGAGAAAUGUGGAUAUAGUAGUGGAACGCUGCCUGCCGCUUAUACUAAUUUAGUGCUGUCCAUGUUGUGUUUACCUUUCCUUUUGUCUUACAACUGAUUACAUUUAUUAUGAUAAUAUAUAUUUUUAUCUAUUAUAUGAAUAUUCGAAUAUCACGUUAUUUCAUAGAUUUAUAUCAUCCGUCAUUUUCAAAGUAUAGACAGAAGUCAAAAUUUUAAAGUUCUAUGACGCUAUUUUGUUAUAUGGAUGUCUGUUAUGCUUACUGAGAUAUUUCCUAAUACCUGGUAUAUGUGUUUAUAUCAUAGUAGAUCAUCAAAAGAACAAGACGUGAAAAAAGUAUAUCUGUGUAUUCCUUACUCUUAAUUCGCCUCCUGUUAAUUACUUUUAUUUGUGCAAGCGUUGUCGACGGUUGUUAUAGUUGCUAAACGGAAUAGAAGGUAAAAGUACAAGGUCAUGGUCAUCCUUCAGCAACGCUAUGAGUAUCCUCAAAAGAGCUUAACCCUUUCACCCCUAGAUAACUUUAGUAGACUCUACCAUGUAUUAUGGGAAUGAGUCUAUUAUGGUCUAUGGUGGUGAAAGGGUAAAUAUAAAGUUUACUACAAGACAUAAACCUUUACUAAAUUAAAUCAUUUCAUAAUAUCACUAGCAAUGGCCAUAUUGAUAUAGCUUGAUAAAGAUCCUCUAGCCGAGUAAAAACGUACCAAUUCUAUCAGAUUCCAAGAUUUAUCGAUUGGUGAAUCUAUUCAUAUAUCUGUAAUUAAAAAGUGUUGAAGUUUUGGUGGAUGCGAGUUUUUAAGCAUCUAACUGUUUUAGUUGGUAUUCUUAGUCAAAAAGAACGUCAACAGCACAAAUACAAAUUCAGCGGUACAUGCCAACUGAAAGCUUUUCAAUAUGGUUGAUUACCAUUUGGUCUACUUUUUUAAUAUCAUAGAAAAGUAAAAAUUGUCACAAAUGAAAAGAAAAUGUAACCUACUUUGGAAUAUAAGAACAUCAAUCUUCCGCGAAGGGUCGGUGGUAUUCAUUGUUACAAUUAUUACGUCAUAAUAAUGAUGACGUCAACAGGUGGUACCUGUUACAUAUUGAAACAUUUUGCAGGAAAGAAGAUCAUUUAUUAUGUUUUACCAAUGACAUAUCACAGAUUAUCAAUUGGAUACAAAACUUAACACUGCAGUGACGGUAUACGACAUUUGUAUCCAUUGAUAUUAUAACGACCGAUCAGAAUGUCUUUUUUUCUAUCACUGCAUUCAACAACCGCAGAUUUUCUGUCCAACUGCAGAUAAAGUGACAGUACAAUCGGUAUUUGUUAAUCGCCGGUAUAUACAAUUAACUUUGUUUUGAAAGCGUAUCGCGAAACUUAUAGCAGUUGCAUCGGCUGAAUCUCUGUUAAUAUUGAGCUUUGAGACGGUUCAUUUUUUUAAUCUCUUUUCUUUUACUUUCUCAUGUCAAUCAUAAUUCAAAUACUUUAAAUUGAGAAUGCAAAAAUGUAGAUAUUGAAAAUAUUUUAUGAUACAAAAUGGCACGUUAUAUGACAUCAUUGACAUAGUUUUAUAUUUGUUUCUUCAGAACUACAUCAUUGAAAACCGAAAGACAUUGAUUUAAAAUGUCAUUCAAGAGUAAUAUGGAGUAUUCUUGCUGUAAUCAUGUUUAAAUGUUUUUGUAUGUUUAUGUGAUUGAAUGUAAUUCUUCCAUUUUCCAGAAUUGUAUAGGUUUAAGUGUUAGCUUUCUUACAGUAAUUUUCGUUUUUUGCGACUGUUUUAACUUUUACUACCUGUUGUUAUCAACAAUCAUUAACAAACAAAUAGACUUACCAAUCGAAGCCAAGUUCAAGGGGAGAUCACUCCCACAUAAUAAUUGUCAUACUAGAAAACGGGUCCUAGAUUUGACUGGUUGAGAAUUAUGAUAGGAAUCUGUGCGAGAAAAAUAUAACACAUUGUUCACAUAAAAAGUGAUUAAAUCAUCUUGAAAGGAAAUUAUUUCAAUAAUAAUUUUAA